AUGUUGAUUACAAAAGUAAUCGUCAUUAUUUUAUGUUGUUUGGUGGUUUCAUCUUAUGGUCAACAACCAUCUACAUGUCCAGAUCAAGGUAGUGGUAAUUAUGGUUGCUUUGAUAUAACAUCACAAGGUAACUGCACAGAAGUAUCAAAUGAACAACCAACCUAUGAUAGUCGUUGGCCAGGUUCCGGUAUAGAUUUAAAUAUUGAUUGGGCUAUUAAAUGUGGUAAUAUUAUUGCAUACAAAAUUCGAUGGUUCAGUGGCGCAUGGUCCGGUUGGUAUGUACCAGGCGUUAAUGAUAUGGAUGAGAAAGUUAAUGGUGGUAAUGGUCUACGACGUAAGUGGUCAUACUUCGAGGAUCAUACUCAUACAUAUAUUAUAUGUAAAACAAAUAAUAUUAAUAUGUUGUAUGGAUGUCAAUAA